GCUGCCAUCUUGAAGCCCGUGCAGCUGCGGGAAGAGUCGUGGCAACUUUUCCUCGGUUACUGUCACUUCUUCCGAUUUCAGGCUCCUUGGAGAGGACACAGUAUGCAUCAAAAGCAGAGAAUGGAGCCUGUGACCUUUGAGGAUGUGGCUGUGAACUUCAGCCUAGGAGAGUGGGCUCUGUUGGAUUCCAGUCAGAAGAAGCUCUACAGAGACGUGAUGAUGGAGACCUUUAUGAACCUGAUGUCCAUAGGGAAAACAGAGGAAAAAGAAAAUAUUGAAGACAACUACCAAAAUCUCAGGAAAAAUAUGAGAACUCAAGUGGUUGAGAGGAGUUGUGACUACGGAGAUGGCAGUCAGUGUGGAGAAACCGAGCAGUGGAUUCCAGAGCGCAUCAUUCAUAGAGACACACCUCCUAAAAUAUCACUGUGUGAAAAGAGUGAGCUUGCUAGAGACAUCCUUGUUCAUUCACAUGCACAUGUACACUUGAGAUGUGAAACUACAGAGAAACCCUAUGGGUCUAAGGAACAUGUGGAGAAGGCUUUUACACAGGAGAAGUAUUGGAAAGAUUCUACUUGUUCUGAGUCCUUUCAGACAAAUCAAAGUCCUCCUGGAGCAACACCCUAUCAAAAUAAGCAAUCUAAGGAAGCCUAUAGGAGUCUUAACUCUGACCAAUAUUGUGAGCGAAUUCACGCUGGAGAUAAACUCCAUGAAUGGAAGCAGGUUGAGAAAGCCUUCUGGAGGUACAGUUAUGGUCAAAUAUAUGAGAGAAUCACCAUUGGAGAGAAACAAUUUGUGUGUAAGCAGUAUGGGGAAGCCUUGGUUAAUUCCAGUCACCUUAUUAAACAUGAAAUAAUUAACCCUGAAGAAAAAUGUUAUACAUGUAAGCAAUGUGGAAAAGCAUUUAGAUAUUCCUCAUCUCUCCAGAACCAUGAAAGAAUUCAUAGCGGGGAGAGGCCAUAUGUAUGUAAGCAAUGUGGAAAAGCCUUCAUUCGUUCCUAUGACCUUCUUAUCCAUGAAAGAAUUCACAGUGGAGAGAAACCUUACACAUGUGAGCAUUGUGGGAAAGCUUUCACCCAUUAUAGCGGCUGGUACAGUCAUGAAAGGAUUCACACUAGAGAGAAACCCUAUGUGUGCACACAGUGUGGGAAAGCAUUUUCAUGUUCCACCUCGUUUCGGAGGCAUGAAAGAAUUCACACCGGAGAGAAACCUUACCUAUGCAAGCACUGUGGGAAAGCCUUCACCCAUUCCAGUGCUCGUUACAUUCAUGAGAGAAUUCACACCGGAGAGAAACCCUAUGUUUGUAAGCACUGUGGAAAAGCGUUCCUCCGUGCCAGUCAUCUCAACAACCAUGAAAGAAUUCACACUGGGGAGAAACCCUAUAUUUGUAAGCAUUGUGGGAAAGCCUUCAUCCAACGGGAUGCUUGCUAUAAUCACGAAAGAAUUCACACCGGAGAGAAACCAUAUGUAUGUAAGGAGUGUGGAAAAGCAUUCAGGAUUUCCACAUCCCUCCGUGACCAUGAAAGAAUUCACACUGGAGAAAAACCUUACAUAUGUAAUUAUUGUGGGAAAGCAUUCAGGGUUUCCACAUGCCUUCACAAACAUGAAAGAGCUCACACUGAAAAGAAACCCAGUGGGUAGAACUUGAGACCAUAUAUAUCAUGUGGAAUUAUCUUUGAUCCACUUGCUAUUAGGAAAAGUGUAUGCAGGGUCAGCCAGAUGGCUCAGGGGUAAAAAGCACAUGCCCCAAGCUUGAUGGCCAUAGUUGGAUCCUCAGAAGCCCUGUGAAGAGAGAGAAGUGAGUCUCCAAGGUUUGCCUCUGACUUGUACUCAUGCUGUCAUUUGCAUGCAUACCCUCACACAGACAUAUAAAGAAAUAGGAUAAUUUAAAAUACCUUUUUUUUAAAAAAAGGGUUGUUUUUUUUUUUGAGACACAGUUUCACUGUGUAGCCCCUUGGCUGUCCUGUGACUCACUCUGCAGUCAGGCUGGCCUUAAACUCAGAGGCCUACCUGUCUGUGCCUCCUGAGUGUUGAGAUUAAAAGUGUGCACGCCUCUGCUGCCUGGCUUUAAAAUACAUUUUAAAGUUGUUUUUUAUUUGUAGUUAUGUGUAGGUGGUGGUGAUGUGCGUGUAGGGGCUGGAGCGUGCAGAGGUCAGAGGCAUCAGAUCCCCCUGGAGCUCGAGUUCCAGGUGCCUGUGCGGUUUCCAGUGUGACUGCUGGAAAUCCACCUUGGGUCCUCUGGAGAGCAGUAUCUACUGAGCCAUCUUUCCAGGAUCAUAGAUGUAAUUAAAAAAAAAAAUCUGGAAAGAAAUGGCUGGGAUAGACCUUACAAUGUGUAAAUUUGGACCCAUAGGAAAUGUGACGUUGGAUAAAAGCCAGUUCCCUCAAAUGUGCUAAAGCACUUUUUUUUUGAAAAUUAUAUUAACAAAUUAUGAACACAACUCAUAAAUGUUACAUUUAUAUAGAUGUAUGUGCAUGGUGUCCACAUGCCAAGAGUGUGCAUGUGGAAUUGGAUAGCUUUCAGAAAUCUUUCCACUCUGGAGGUCCUGAGAAGGAGCUCAGGUUGCUUUUGAAUCGAGUACCCUAACCUGCUGGGCAGUCUUGCUGGCCCGGCUGCAUGCCUUGUACUCAUUAGAAAAGCAGAUGCUAGAAAAUUACAAAAUUGAAUACAGUGGAUUUGAUCACACCUGGGAGAAUUAAGAACUCACACCAACCAAUGAAAAAAAUUCAGCAUUAAAAAUAAUAUAAGUUGUAUGUUGUCUCAAAUAAGGUGAAAGGGAAUUCUUUCCUGUAUGUUUGUUGUAAAAGUAAGAAAAUUGAGAACCCCAAACAAAUGUUUUCUUUUGGAAGUC